AUGGAUGAACACUCAGGUGACCCUCUGACCUCAACAGAUGAUAAUUUAGAACGAUCAUCAAAUGAAAAAAAUAUAGAGCAUUCAGAGAGACUAAAUGAUUCUUCAAACUUUGAAGAAGAAUUGAAAGGUUUGGAGAUUUCAGGAUUGGAAAAAGUCAAACCCCAUUUAAGAUAUAACAAAGGAGGAAAAUAUUCAAUUACUGUAUAUAAUAAUAUCGGAUAUGUUGCAAAAGGUGACGUCCACAAUGAUGUUAAAGCACAAAAUAUUGCUUAUGAUAAUGCAUCACUUACAGCAACCGGAAGUUCUACCUUUAUACCAAGACAAAUCAAAAACACUGAGUAUCCACAGAUUGAACAUUUCGAUCAGAAUAAAAGAUCACUACCCUGUUUGGAUGAGGCACCAGAACAAAAGCAACAAAAUGUUCCCACUCAAUCUGAGCCAAAGAACAAAACAGUAAUGAAAUGUACCAAACAAGACUCUGUAAAAAUUAACAAGUCUGGGACACGUGUUUCAACACAGUCAAAAGAUGACAAAAGUGCGACUGGUGACGUCAACAAUGCUGUUACAUCACAUAAUGUUGCUCUUGAUAAUUCAUCAUUGAAUGCAACCGGAGGUUCUACAUUCAUGCCAAGACAAAUCAAAAACACUGAGUAUCCACAGAUUGACUAUUGUGAACAGAAUAAAAUUGCACUACCCUGUUUGGAUGAGGCACCAAAAAAAAAGCAAAAAAAUGUCCCCCCUCAAUCUGAGCCAAAGAACAAAACAGUAAUAAAGUGUACCAAACAAGACUCCGUAAACAUUAACAAGUCUGGGACACGUGUUUCAACACAGUCGAAAGAUGACAAAAGUGCGACUGAUCAAGAUAAAUCACUGCACAGAAAAACUUCUGAAAGUUUGAAAACUACCAAAAAGUCAACAAGCCUUUCUGAUUUGGUUGAUCAAAGUUCUCAUGUACAUAAAGAGCAUGCUCCAACAUUUACAUAUGAACUCAACGCGAAAAAAUCAUUAUCAAUGCCGAAUAAUUUUGGUUUUUCAACUAGGAAAGGUGACGUCAACAAUGCUGUUACAUCACAUAAUGUUGCUCUUGAUAAUUCAUCAUUGAAUGCAACCGGAGGUUCUACAUUCAUGCCAAGACAACUCAAAAACACUGAGUAUCCACAGAUUGACUAUUGUGAACAGAAUAAAAUUGCACUACCCUGUUUGGAUGAGGCACAAAAAAAAAAGCAAAAAAAUGUCCCCACUCAAUCUGAGCCAAAGAACAAAACAGUAAUAAAGUGUACCAAACAAGACUCCGUAAACAUUAACAAGUCUGGGACACGUGUUUCAACACAGUCGAAAGAUGACAAAAGUGCGACUGCUCAAGAUAAAUCACUGCACAGAAAAACUUCUGAAAGUUUGAAAACUACCAAAAAGUCAACAAGGUUUUCCGAUUUGGUUGAUCAAAGUUCUCAAGUACAUAAAGAGUAUGCUCCAAAAUUUCCAUAUGAACUCCACGCGGAAAAAUCAUUAUCAAUGCCGAAUAUUUUUUGUUCUUCAACUAGGAAAGGCAAAGGGAGUUCAAGAUAUGCUACAGAGUUUGAAGAAUCUGAAGAUUUAUAUAAUAUCACUGAAAAUCAACUAUUCCUAAUUUCAAGUUUUGAUAAGAAUUUCUUAAAUCCUUAUUCACAAGCCAUUCAGGAAGAGACUUUUACAAAAUGGGUAAAUUCGCAUUUGGAGAGAGUUGCACUCAGAAUUCAAGAUCUUUACAUGGAUCUCGGAAAAGGAAAAAAUUUGCUGAAAUUAUUGGAAGUUGUGUCAGGAGAAAAACUGCCCGAACCAACACGAGGAAGAAUGCGAAUUAAUUGUUUAGAGAACGCAACAAAAGCUUUACAGUUUCUCAAAGAUAAACAAGUCAACCUUGGAAAUAUGGGACCUCAUGAUAUUGUGGAUGGAAAUCAUAGACUUAUCCUUGAUUUGAUUUGGACUAUUAUUCUUAGAUUCCAGAUUCAAAAUAUCAGUGUUGAGACAGCAGACAACAGAGGGACAAAGUCAGCUAAAGAUGCCUUGUUAUUCUGGUGUCAGAUGAAGACUUCUGGAUACUGGAAUGUUAACGUUCAGAAUUUCACCACUAGCUGGAGAGAUGGGCUUGCUUUCAAUGCCAUCAUUCAUACACACAGUCCUGAGCUAAUUGAAUAUGGAAAACUCAAGGAAGAAAAUGCAAUAGAAAACUUACAAAAUGCAUUCAAUGUUGCCGAACAAAAACUUGGAAUCACUAAACUACUUGACGCUUUAGAUGUCGCUGUUAACCACCCCGAUGAGAAGUCCAUCAUUACAUAUGUAGCUACAUAUUACCAUUAUUUUGCCAAGAUAAGUGAUAUUGCUGUCAUAGGAAAUACAAUUGGGAAGCAAAGCCGUUUUUUAAUGAGUUCAAGAGAUGCUUCAGAGUCUGAAAGAUCCAAGGACUUGUCAAAUAUUACAGAAAAUCCACAAUUCCAACAUUUAAGAUCUUCGAAGAAAUCCAGAUAUUCAUUCCAAGAUAAAAAGGAAGCUCUUGUAGAAAAAUCGAAAACAACAGGGAGUGAAUACACAGAUAUCAGAUCCAAGCCAAUCUCUAAUAUACAAACACAAGGUUACGUUGAAGAAAAAGCAAGACUAGAAGUAGCCACAUCAGGUAACAGCACAAGACAUAGGCCUGCAGAUACACCUCCACCUGCGAUGAAAACAAUGUCAAAUCCAAGAGAGGAUAGAGCUUGCAUUAUACUUUAAAUGUGCGAAAUUCAGACUUUACGACAAUAUUUCACUAGAAUACAUUUUUGCCUGAAAUAAAUUUUUAUCUGCAAGCCAACUUGGUCUAUAACUAAGCCACGAAUGUUUUUCUUUACUUUUUCGUUGUGAUAGAAGAAAGCAUGUUGCUGCGAAAGGGAAAAGAACAGCUGAUAAUUUUUAAAAUGAAAUUUUUGGAUGCCAUGUUUUGUGAUUAAUUUAGCCCAAUUUAUAGGCUCAUUAUUUAUAAUAUAAAUACAUAGAUUGUACCGAUUAUGUUGUUGUUUUGUUCUAUUCUUUUUUUUUUAUUAUUGCAUGUGCUUUUUACAAACAUUUGGUUUGAACAUUUGACUGAUUUAUAUUGGUACUACUUACUUUGGUGUAUUUACGGUGGGUUCAGUGCAUCGCGAUUAUUGGCUGAUUGCUCGAUUAUUUCUUGUUAUGGUUAACUGUCUAGUACCUUAGUCAGUAUUCAGAUCUGUUCACAAAAGCUUAUGAUUGGUACUAUAAUCAUUAGGGGUGAAUAAUCUAUUUCUUAAGUUUUUUACAUUGGGCUUAUAUGCGCCGACGAAGCAUCAUUUAAAUGUAAGUGAAUUGGUAUAUUCUUGCUUUGUAUCAUGCCUGGUUGCUUGUACUUAUUACUUAUCGUUCUUGAUCGGUAAGUAUGUUGAUAGGUAUUUGUCUGUUUGCCUGUCUGUCUGUCCAAAAGCUUUCAAAUCCAUGUAUACAACGAUAGUCCAUAUUGGUUACUGCAAUGGCGUCAACAAAGGCACCAAACCAAUGGUGCUUGACUGCGAGAAAGCUAAAUUCACCCCUAUGAGAGGUUUUGAAGACGACGCGGAAUCUGUUUCAACACAAUCAAGACAAUCAGCGAUUCAAAAACUUACAUCGCUGGAAAUGAUGCUCGGGCAAAUUGCUAAUUAUUGUCCUGUAAUUGCCAGAAAUACAAUUGUAAACCACUCAACUUGUUUGGAAAAUAUUUGGCAAUCAACACGUAUGCAUUUUGGAUUUCAAUCUACUGGAGCUCAUUUUUUUUGACACAUAUUAUAGGUGUGGGCUUUGGCAAAUUAUUAUUAUUACCUAACAAUCCUAAUUUUUCUAGCAAACCGAAUUUUAAUUCUAUACUAAUUUUAUUGCGUUUUUUAUAUGUAUAUUUAAUUCUGUUUUGUCAUUUUAUAUUUUAGGUGAGUCACUUAUUAGUUCAUUUAAAUUGUAUAUGUUUCAAAUCGCUUUCCUGAUUGUGUAUUCAGUUUUUCAAAUUAUUUUAUCAUUUACCAUGUUGAUUAAUGGAAUCGAAAUAAACGUAUUCUAGUAACUUUCAGUUCAUGAGUAUGCAUCAUGUCACAGUUUUUAUGCCUACAUAGUCUUGCUCAUGUGUAUAUCUCUCUCAUGUUAAUACAAUUUUAUCAAUUGAGAUCGAAAAAUCCAAUACAAAAAAAGGAAGUAAGCGAACAACCCAGCACUUGAUGAAUUUUUUUGUAAUAUAUUUUUCUGCUCCAAAUUAGCCAAAUUUUUCACGAUGCCCACUUUUUACUAUAUUUGUAGAUGAAUGUAACCAGUGGUAAAUUGGUCAACCCUACAAGAAGUAUGUUUUCUUUUUUAUAUAAAUUUAGCUAGUAAUUAACUGUGAAUCUUAAUAUCGAACAUGGGGGGAACUGGGGACUGAAAGUGAUGAACGUAUGUAUGGUCGUAUCACUCUUCCCGAAUGUACCAAAUAACUGUGUGUAUAUUUUUAUUGAUUUAAUGCUAGUUGACAAAAUUAAUAUCUCUCUUUCUCGGAAUUUGUCAUGAAAACAUAGGAUUCCUUUAUUCCCAGUUCAUUUAUAGUUUCAUCAAAACUGUAUAUCUAUGGUACCAGUACCUGUAUUUCUUUACAACAAAAUAUGUGAUAAAACUUGA